AUGGAGCCUACAAAGAAAGGUAUUAAAAGAAAAAGCACUAUUUUAUCAUACUACACAAAAACACCUAAAGUACAAACUGAUAAUCUAGGCGAAAAUGACAAAUUAAAUGAAACGGAAGUGGUAGUAUCAUUAGCUGAAUCUGCAUUAACUCCAUUCAAUCACAAUUCACAAUCCAUGUCUGAACAGCACAAUGAAAAUAACAAAUUAAUUGAACCAUCAGCAUCUGCUCUACCAUCUGCUCAUCAAACAGUUAUUACUCCUACACAAAUAGAUAUUGGUUUAUUUAUUGGUCAAUUUGAACAGCCCACGUCUCAGGUUAACUCUUCUCAUCGGUAUAACAUUUUAAAGAACACAUUUAAUCCUGAUACAACAUUUAAGUUUCCUGGUAGUGGUAAAAGGAAUCUUAAAUUUCAAAUUAAUUGGCUUAGUAGAUGGAAAUGGUUGGCUUAUUCAGUAUCUUGCGAUGGUGCUUUUUGUAAAUAUUGUAUGUUGUUUUGUCCAAAAGAAGUCAAUACUCAAAAACUAGGUCAACUUGUCUUCGAAAAAUUUACUCAUGAAUUUUUGUCUGUAUUUGAAAAUAAACAAGAAAGUAUUGCUGUUAAACUUGAUUCUAAAUUAAAACUAGAAAUUGAAAAAAAUAGAAAAAUGAUAAGACCAAUAAUAGAAACAAUCUUACUCUGUGGUAGACAAGGUAUUGCUCUUAGGGGACAUACAGACAGUGGUCCUAUUGAUUUAAGUUCUUUAUUCCUAUCCAAUAAUGAGGGAAACUUCAGAGUUAUAUUAAAAUAUGUUCUUAUGAAUAGCAAAGAUGAAUUAAAAAAUUGUUUUGAAAAUCUUCCAAAAAAUGCAACUUACAUCAGUCCUGAUAUACAAAACGAAAUUAUAAAUGUGAUAAACAGUUUAGUUAUUAAGAAGCUUGUUACUAAAAUAAAUCAGGCAAAAUGCUUUACAAUCUUGGCAGAUGAAACAACGGAUGUAGCUGGGAUAGAACAAUUUUCUAUGUGUGUUAGAGAAACAUCUUCAAAAGCAAACAGUAUACUUUUCUCUUUAAAACAAGGAGAAACUCUACUUUCCAUUCACAUUCUUGCAAAAGUGUUUUCAUUAAGUAUGCCAUUAAGUCGUCAACUUCAAAAAGAAGAUAUAGAUUUGUCCAUAUCAAUGGAACUUGCAGAUAAUGUUAUGAGUGCAGUAUGUUUGUUGCGUACUAAUGCUGCAGAAGAAUUUAAAAUAAUAUACAGUGAUGUUGAAAAAAAAUAUAUUGAAGCUGAUGAAGUAUCUGCAAUUGGCGAGUUUACAAUAUGGCAUCAUCAGGUGAAAAACAAAAACCCUAAAAAUGCUACGGAAGCAUUCAUUAAUUGCAAUGAAGAAAUAUUUCCUACGGUUCAUCAACUUUUAAAAAUAUUGAUUACUUUACCAGUAACCACUGCAAGCAGUGAAAGAUCUUUUUCCUCAUUACGGCGUUUAAAAACAUAUUUGAGGAACACGACUGGUGAAAAUCGGUUGAACGGCUUAGCAGUUAUGAAUAUUCAUCGGGAUUUAGUCGUAACCACUGACGAAAUAAUUGAUACUCUAGCUUUAAAAAAUAGACGCAUUAAAUUAAUUUAA